GCUUCACCACCAGGUAUUUAGAUGGUGAAACCAAAGCCGUUGACCAUAGAAACAGUCUAACAGGCAGCCUGUCUCUUUAUUUUUACAUUGUGUAGUGACCAGCGACACAGCCAUGAUCCAUCCAGGGUGGAUUAUUAACCAGCCAACAGGGGGGCGGCGGUGGUUGAGUCCAGGCACUACGUGGUCCAGCCUAGAGAAGACUGGCCAUAUCUGUCUUUACUCUUAUUUUUUUCAUCUCCUCUUUUAAUCCCUUUUGUUCCUCAUCGUCUGUCACCACGUCAGACACAGGCCAGGCUGGUUGUUUGGAAAUGAAGCUGUGUCUUCUUCUUCUCUUGUUUUGUCUCUGCCACCUGGGACUGACUGAGGAGCCCAGUCCAGGAGCUCCUGAUGUUUCCGAUUCUGUAGAUGAAGAGGAGGAAACGGUUCAUGGCUGUAGCGGAGGGAAGGUGUUCAGCCGUGAGGAACACCGGGUGAUAGGGGGCGCCAUAGAGCGACUGGGUUUACAGCUCCUGGAAAAUCUUCCAAUUGGUCCAAAGCAGCCAAAUGUCAUCCUAUCACCUCUCAGCCUGGCCUUUGCCCUCGCUCAGCUCACCUUAGGCGCUCGCAAUGAGACGGAGAAGCUGCUGCUGAAGAGCCUUCAUGCCCACGGUGUGCCGUGUUACCAUCAUAUACUAGGAAGCCUUGUACCUCAUUUCAGCAAGACGUCGUUGGAUGUGGCAACACGCAUGUACCUGAGACCAGGAUUUGAUGUGAAGUUGUCUUUUGUUGAGGAUUCUCUGGCCAGGUACCGAUCACAGCCCGUCCCUCUGGUCUCUGUGGAAGAAGUCAACCAAUGGGUCGAGAAUGUCACCAAUGGUCACAUCCCCAACUUCCUGGAAAGUAUUCCACAUGAUGUGGUGCUUAUGCUCAUGAACGCUGUGUACUUCAAAGGUGAAUGGAAGACUCGAUUUGACCCCCAAGUGACCUCAAAGGGAGCGUUCUACCUGGACAGCCAGAACUCAGUGUCGGUGGACAUGAUGAAGUCUGUCCAUUACCCUUUACGCCUGCUGGAUGAUCCAGAGCUGGAGGCACAGGUUGCCAGUUUUCCGUUCAAGGGAAACACCAGUUUCUUAAUUGUCCUGCCCUUGCCAGGCAGAGAAAACGUGUCGUCAGUGCUUCCCAAACUCAACAUUUCCGACCUCUAUAGACGUCUACCUCAAGAGAAAACAAUGCAAGUCAACUUACCGAAGGUGAAGCUGCAGUACCGCCAGGAGCUCCAGGAGGCGCUGACCAGCAUGGGCCUCGGCUCUCUGUUUUCGGGUCCUGACCUCUCUGGGAUUUCUGACCAGCCUCUGAGGGUGACGGGCGUCCGCCACGCCAGCACCGUAGAGCUCAGUGAGGAAGGCGUGGAGGCGUCCGCCACCACGGUUGUGACCUCCAUGCGCUCCGUCUCCCUCUUCUCAGUCACCUCCCCCUUCAUCUUUGCCCUUGUCGAUGACGCCUCCUUGGCCCCUCUCUUCAUGGGCAUCGUCACAAACCCCGCCCCUGACAACGACCCCAUGCUCAACGAUGGUCCCCUUGGCAACAGCACCAUGAGCGACCAACCUACGACAGACAGUGACAGGGAAAGAGACAUAAACAGCAAACAAAGCAGCAAGACAGAGUCAGCAGAAGGCAGCAGCAUGGCGUCGUGCAGCGCCCCCUUUGGUGAGAGAGAGCAGCCACACAGUCUAAAUGAACUGGAGGGCGGCAACGAGCAGAAGAAGACAGAAGACAGAUCCUGCUCUAAACCAGAUGACUCUGUCCCUGCCUGAAGAGUGAAAUCUUAUUCGUUAAGGGAAUAGUUUGACAUUUUGGGAAAUAACGUUUGUUCUCCUUCUUGUUCAGAUUGAUCCCACUCUCAUGUCUGUGCGUGAAAUACGAAGCUAAAGCCAGCAACUGAUUAGCUUAGCUUAGCAUAAAGACUGGAAACAGAGGCAGAGACAGCUAGCCUGGCUCUAUCCAAAGGUAACAAAG